CAGGCCAUCAUCUAAGUGGAAAUCAAGGGCUAAAGCUAUUGGCAUUGGCAGCUGUCUCCAGGCGUCGUCCGCGGAGCCUGACCCUGCGCCAGGAAGGAGGAGGUUGUGCCCAUGUAACUGUCCUGAAGUACUGCGGUGGCCCCCUCCCCCGCGGCUGGGAGGGCAGGCAGGACGAGGUUGGCUUUCCUUGCACGGUCUCUGGGCGUGGGCCCCCGCCGCAGCUCCGCGGAGCCUCGGUGUCUCCUGCAACAGGGGGCGGGGGGAGCCGCGGCGAGCAGCCCUGGGCUGCGGCUUCCUCCCCACGCCCGAGCCUCCUGCGCACCGCCGCCGAGGACGCGCGCCCGAGCCUCGUCCCCACUCCGCGGCGCGCCUGGGCUACCCGCUGAUCCCAGAACAAUCAACUAUGACGACCGAAUCUGGAUCAGACUCGGAAUCCAAGCCGGACCAGGAGGCCGAGCCCCAGGAGGCGGCGGGGGCGCAAGGGCGCGCGGGGGCGCCCGUGCCGGAGCCGCCCAGCGAGGAGCAGCAGCAGGUCCUGGAGCAGUUCGCCUCUGCUGCAGCGCACAGCACCCCAGUGCGGAGGGAGGUCACUGACAAGGAACAGGAGUUUGCUGCCAGGGCUGCGAAACAGCUCGAAUAUCAGCAAUUAGAAGACGAUAAACUUUCUCAGAAAUCAUCUAGCAGUAAACUCUCUCGGUCUCCAUUAAAGAUUGCCAAAAAGCCUAAAAGCAUGCAGUGCAAAGUGAUACUUCUAGAUGGAUCAGAAUAUACCUGUGAUGUAGAGAAACGCUCCAGAGGACAAGUGCUGUUUGAUAAAGUGUGUGAACACUUGAACUUGCUAGAGAAAGACUACUUUGGGCUUACGUAUCGAGAUGCUGAAAACCAGAAAAAUUGGUUGGACCCUGCUAAGGAAAUAAAAAAACAGGUUCGAAGUGGUGCUUGGCACUUUUCAUUUAAUGUGAAAUUUUACCCGCCAGACCCUGCCCAGCUAUCUGAAGAUAUCACCAGGUACUACCUCUGCUUGCAGUUGCGAGACGACAUCGUGUCCGGAAGGCUGCCCUGCUCCUUCGUUACUCUGGCCUUGCUGGGCUCCUACACUGUCCAGUCAGAGCUCGGAGACUAUGACCCGGAUGAAUGUGGGAGCGAUUACAUUAGUGAGUUCCGCUUUGCACCAAACCACACUAAAGAACUGGAAGACAAAGUGAUCGAGCUGCACAAGAGCCACAGAGGAAUGACGCCGGCAGAAGCAGAGAUGCAUUUCUUGGAAAAUGCCAAAAAAUUGUCCAUGUAUGGGGUAGAUUUACAUCAUGCUAAGGACUCAGAAGGGGUAGAAAUUAUGUUAGGAGUUUGUGCAAGUGGUCUGUUGAUAUAUCGUGACCGGCUGCGAAUAAACAGAUUUGCCUGGCCCAAGGUUCUAAAGAUUUCAUACAAACGGAACAACUUUUACAUUAAGAUCCGGCCAGGAGAGUUUGAACAAUUUGAAAGCACCAUUGGGUUUAAGCUGCCAAACCAUCGAGCUGCCAAGCGUUUAUGGAAAGUAUGUGUUGAGCAUCAUACAUUUUUCAGACUGUUGUUACCAGAAGCACCUCCCAAGAAAUUCUUAACCUUGGGUUCCAAGUUUCGUUAUAGUGGCAGGACGCAAGCACAAACGAGAAGAGCCAGUGCAUUGAUAGAUCGCCCAGCACCUUACUUUGAACGCUCCUCCAGCAAACGUUAUACCAUGUCUCGCAGCUUGGAUGGAGCAUCAGUGAAUGAAAACCAUGAAAUAUACAUGAAGGAUUCUGUGUCUGCUGCAGAGGUUGGUACUGGCCAGUACGCCACAACAAAAGGCAUCUCUCAGACCAACUUGAUCACCACUGUGACUCCGGAGAAGAAGGCCGAGGAGGAGCGGGACGAGGAAGAGGACAAACGGAGGAAGGGGGAAGAAGUCACGCCUGUCUCGGCCAUCCGGCACGAGGGAAAGACCGACAGUGAGCGCACGGACACUGCAGCCGAUGGGGAGACCACCGCCACUGAGGAGCUAGAAAAAACUCAAGAUGACCUGAUGAAACAUCAAACCAACAUUAGCGAGCUAAAAAGGACCUUCUUAGAAACCUCAACAGACACUGCCAUAACGAAUGAAUGGGAGAAGAGGCUUUCCACCUCCCCCGUGCGACUGGCUGCGAGGCAGGAGGAUGCCCCCAUGAUCGAACCGCUUGUCCCUGAAGAGAAAAUGGAAACCAAGACGGAGUCCAGCGGAAAAGAGACAGAGCCCACCGUGCACCGCCUGCCGCUUAGCACUGAGAAGGUGGUGCAGGAGACCGUGUUGGUGGAGGAGCGGCAUGUGGUGCACGCGAGUGGGGAUGCUUCUUACUCAGUGGGAGACAGCGGGGAUACUGCAGCACAGCCCGCAUUCACGGGCAUUAAAGGGGAAGAAGGCUCUGCCUUGAUGGAGGGGUCUAAAGAGGAAGGAGGAGAGGAGGUCGCUAAAGCUGUCCUGGAACAGGAAGAGACAGCCGCUGCUUUCCGUGAGCCACAAGAGGAGCUGAGUGCAGCCAUCCAUGUUUCAGAAACUUUGGAACAAAAACCUCAUUUUGAGUCCUCAACGGUGAAGACGGAAACCAUCAGUUUUGGCAGUGUUUCACCAGGAGGAGUAAAGCUAGAAAUUUCUACCAAGGAAGUGCCAGUAGUUCACACCGAAACCAAAACCAUCACAUAUGAAUCAUCACAGGUCGAUCCAGGUACAGAUCUGGAACCGGGCGUGCUGAUGAGUGCACAGACGAUCACAUCUGAAACCACCAGUACCACCACCACUACGCACAUCACCAAAACUGUGAAAGGGGGCAUUUCAGAGACGAGAAUCGAGAAGCGAAUAGUCAUCACGGGGGACGCAGACAUUGACCAUGACCAGGCGCUGGCUCAGGCAAUUAAAGAGGCCAAAGAGCAGCACCCUGACAUGUCAGUGACCAAAGUAGUGGUCCAUAAAGAGACAGAGAUCACACCAGAAGACGGAGAGGAUUGACCAGAGGAAUAACUUAGCUUGCACAUGAAUGCAGUCAUGCAAACCAUUAAGAAAACCAGAGCCUAUAUGGAGUUCCCUCUUCUAACCCAACUGACUUGUAUCUGUCCAUGGAAAAUUUCAGUCCAGAAGAAUUGACCUUGACCAUUACUAAAGACACUGGCAGAGAGAUCUUCCCAUAAUACAGCAAUCUGAUUCAGCAUCACUAAACUGAUAAUGCAUGAAGCAACGAUAAAAUUACAAAAGAGCAGCAUUUUUAAUUUUCACAAAAUGUCUCAGUUUUCAGCUAUACCUGCACGUUCAUAACCAACAAUAUAAACCGUGAUCUCAUGUAACACAUACACAAUUCAUGCCUUUCAUAGUUUAUUAUUAUUAAAGUCUAAACAAAAUGGCAAUUUCUUAGGUAACAAACCUUUUGUUUACAAUUAGCGAAGAUUACCCUCAAA